UUUUCUGGGAAAGAGGAAAAUGGGUUUGCUCUCAAAUAGAGUGGAGAGAAGCCAGAUUAAACCAGGAGAUCAUAUCUACAGUUGGAGAGUUCUCUACACCUAUUCCCAUCACGGAAUCUAUGUUGGAGGAAACAAAGUGGUUCACUUUAAACCAAAAGAGAAAACAGGUUCCAGCAUGGAUAAUUCUCUCACCUCCUCUGGUUCAAGUCCAAGACUCCCAUCAACCUGUCCAACCUUCCCUGAUUGUGGAUUCAAACAAAUCAAUAGUGGUGUUGUUCUCUCUUGCUUAGAUUGCUUCCUCAAUAAUGGACAUUUAUACUGUUUCGAAUACGAAGUUGCUCCAUCAAUAUUCCUCAGCAGACUACGAGGUGGCACAUGCACUACUGCAGCAUCAGAUGCACAAGCAACAGUAGUUCACAGGGCAAUGUAUCUGCUCCAAAAUGGUUUUGGGAACUACGAUGUAUUUCAAAACAAUUGUGAAGAUUUUGCUCUUUAUUGCAAAACGGGUCUUCUAAUCCUUGAUGAAUCGGGUGUUGGAAGGAGCGGACAAGCUUCUUCUCUUAUUGGUGCUCCAUUGGCUGCUCUUCUUUCUUCUCCACUGAAAUUGUUAAUUCCAGGCCCUGUCGGGGUUGCUACAGUAACAGCUGGAAUGUAUUGUAUGAGCAGGUACGCAACUGAUAUAGGUGUGCGAACUGACGUUAUCAAGGUAGCGGUUGAAGACAUGGCUGUAAAUCUUGGUUGGGCUUGUGGCAAAGUAGCCGAGGAGGAAUCACAGGCUCGGGAUAGAAGAUAGUAACAGUCAGUUUGGUUUGUUGCUGCAAUAAAAUCAAUUGUGUGGAGCUCUACCUCAAGCUAGGGAAUCACCCUUCAUCUAUGGUGUGUAUUUAGUGACUUGACUGUGUAGUUAAUGACUUGACUUAUUUGGAGAAUGUCAUCAACGGUGCAAAAUAUGGCUGAUCUUGGUUCCACAACUUAUAUGUUGUUGUAAGCGAAACUGGACGACAUCAAUCUGUUAACCGCUCUCCAAAUAUUAAUUUGUUUCUGAAACAUUUGUUCCCGACUGAUUCAGAACUAUGUCUACUCGAUAUCAAUGGAAUAGAGUAAGCACUAUUCCAGUAAGAACAUCUCUAGCUAAGGAAGUCGUAGAAAUUGUUGGAUCGUCCUUUUCUAAUUAAGUCAGCAGGAAAAUAACUUGUUGCGGCAUGCCCAAGUGGCCUUUAGAUCUUCGCAUUUAUCCCAACUGGAAUCGGAUUGUCAACUAGUGGGUAAAAAGCUUCAAUGUAGUCUGUGCGAACAAGCUUUGUCUGCAGCAUAUCACGGUUGAAUUCAG